GUUUAUUUACAGACGACGGGGUCGAUCUAAUGUUUUCAACAAAUCUUAUUAUAAUAAUCACAAUCAUAGAAAGUUCUGUGCAUUUAGUAGAAAUGGUUGUCAGCGUCGUCGUUGCUGUAGAAUUAAUCAAAGAAAUAAUGAUCUAUUAUCACCAAGAUCUAUUAAACAUAAUGGUGGUUCAUUACGCUUAUUUAAUACUAUUGAUUCAAAUUCGACAGAAUGUCAAGAAUUACAAAGUUCCAUGUAUGAUCGAUCUACUGUCGGUGUUGGGGGUAGUAGUUGUAGUAGUCAUGAUAAAUCAGGUUAUGAUCGACAUAAUCGUCUACAUCAUGAUUAUUGUACUAUUAGUAGUAGUAAUAAUCAAAAUGGUGGUAACCAAGAUGAAGAAUGUUCACGACGUGUUCGUAGUCGAACUGGUAAUAGUCGUAAUAGAGAUUUAGAAUGUCAUAAUCAUCAUCGUCGUCAUCAUCAUCAUCAUUCAGAACAUAAUAAUGAAAGUAAACAUCGACGUAAACAACAUAAUCGUAAUGGUGGUAGUAGUAGUAGUAAUAGUCAUGGAAUAAAAGAUAAAGAGGAAUUAUCAAGAAAAAAGAAACUUGAUCGUAAGCAUAAAUCAUCUAGUCGAACUAGUGCACCUGGAAGUAGUGAUAUUAAACUAUUGGAUUCAAUUGAAGGACAAUAUGGAAUUAAUUUCUCUGAUACUGAAUUAACUUAUAAACAUUCAAAUAAUAAUAAUGAUGAUUAUCAUAAUCAUGAAGAGUUAAAUAAUAGUAUGGAUAGAAUAAUUAAAUUUGGCAGUAUGCCUUCAUAUAAAGAAGAUAAAAUAAAACAAUUGAAACGAACAGCUGAUACACUUCCUCCUUUUAAAUCAUUAAAAAAUGGACAAUCAAUGAGUACAAGUGAAAAUACUGUCUAUUUGACAGAUUCAACAGAUAUAACUGUUAAUUUACCAAAUUCUGACUUAAAUGUACCAAUUUGUGGUACAUAUACAUCUUCACUUAUUGAACCUCUUGUCGUUAAUAAUAAUAAUAAUAGUAAUAAACAUAAUAUUAAUCAAGCAUCUACAUUAUGUGGAUCAGUCAGUGUAACAUCACCGCCAAUAACAACAAUAACUGCUAUUACAUCAUUGAUAUCAUCAUCAUCUACUGUACCUCCGUUAUUUCCAUUCCAAUCAACUGCAUACUCGAAAUCGGUUUCACCUAUGACUUAUUUACCAACUGAUGAUUUAACUACUCAAACUACAAUAUCUAAUUCCAAUCAAAAUUCAUUAUUAUUACACAAUGUAACAACAGCUGCAUUAGUUGGUGCAGGUCGAGCUGGAGCUAAUGCUGCUGCGGCAGUGGCAGCGGCAGCCGCUGCAAACCCCACGGUAGCAGAAGUAACAACAACAACGACAGUCAUAUCUACUGGAACAUUAGAUGUUAUGUCGUCUAGUAAUAAUGAUAUGUUAAUUGAUACUUGUUCAACAACAGUUUCUCCAGUAGAUACUUCAAAAGAUGCAAUGAAUGAUACACAGUUUAACAUCAUAAUGGAGAAUUCAUGGCGUCAACCGGAGAAAGGUAUUUUAAAGAAUAAAAAUGAAGGCGGUAGUUACAAUGUGAAUAAUUCAUCGUCGAUCAACACUUCCACUAAUCGUCGACAUCAUAGAAGAUCUUCAUCAUCAAUUAAUCAUAAAAAACAUCAUCAUCAUCGUCAUAGAUCACCAUCAUCAUCGGCAGCAACCGGUAGUCAUCAUCGAUCCAGGCAUAAACAUUCAAAAUCAUCACGUCAUCAUCAUACUACUCAUAAUACUAUGGAUAAUAAUGAUGUCGGUGUCAUAAAAAGAAAUGAUUCAUUUUCUGAUUGUUCUUGUCAUUUACAUGAAACUGAGAAAAAGUUGAGAAAACAUCAAAAUCAUCAUCAUAGUCAUAGUCGGAGAUUAUCUCGACAGGGUAAUAAUACUGUAACUAGUCGUUCAAACAGUGUAAAUGACGGAAGUUCACACUUAGAAUUUUGUGCAGCAUUAAAUGAUAUUAAUGGUAAUGAUGAUAGAAGCCCAAGUGGUAGUUCAUCUCUAUCAAGUCAUGGUUUAGAAUUUCUAUCAAGUCAUUCAUCAUCAUCGUCAUCAUCAUCAUUAUCUAGAACAUUAGCUACAUCGUCAUCAUCAUCAUCGUCUUCUACAUCAUCAUCAUUUACUGAUUUAAAUUCUCAUUGUCAUCAUCAUCAUCAACAACUUCGUCGUCAUCAUUCACAUUCUAAUUCUCAUUGUCAUAAAGAUCAUGAUAAUAAUGAUGAUAUGCAAAGUUUAAGUUCAUCAUUCACUUCAUCUACUACAAGUACUUGUUCAACUGCUUUAGAAGUUAAUGUAAUCAAAUGUAAUAAUUCACAACAACAUCAACAAAAUGGAUUAAUUAUUAAAGAUUCUACUGAUCCCAUAACAACAGAUCAUAAUCGUUUAAAACGAUUUGAUCUUAUAAAUAAUAAAUCAAAUCGUUUAAACCAACAAUUAAAAAAAAAUUAUGAUUAUUGUUCUGAAAAUUAUCAAACUAUUCAAUGUGUUAAUAAUGAUAAUAAUAUUGGAACCGAUUCUACUAAUAUUGAAAGAGAGGAUCAACGUAGUUCUCAUCGACACAGUCGUAAACAUCAUCGUCGUCAUUGUCGAUAUCGUAAACACCAUGGACAUCAUAAACGUCAUGGUGAAUCUAAUCAGGAAAUCUCCGGAACAACUAAUCUUACCGGUGAAUCAUUAGGAUCGUCUUCUAGUACGACUAAUAAUUGUAAUUCUGGAAUUUCUGAAGCAUCUUCAUCAUCUUCUGGACUAACGACAGUCUCUUGUCAUCGUCGACGUUCAAGAACACGAAGUAUAACAGAUGAAGAUUGUACAACUUCCGGUUCACGAAGAAGUAGUCCCUUACCACCAGCUCCAACAAUAUUGUGUAAUGUAGGCCAACAAACUGAUGAGUUGAGUUUAUUGAAAGUAGCUGGUCUUACAAUAUCGUCUAAAACUGGUGCUAAUUCUGAGUCAGCGAAUAAUAAUAACAAUAAUAUCACGAGUAAUAACGAAAAUCGUAAAUCUUAUUUAGAUUCUGAAGGUGAAUGGGAGGAAGUUGAAUGUAAUGAAUCAGGUUGUGAAGAAUGUCAAAAUUCAAUUCACACUACAACAACAACGGCUACUACUUCUGAUAAAAGUAUUAGUAGUCAUGGAAAUAACCAAUCGAAACAUUUAACAACUACAUCACCUCCUAUCCUUUCUUCACCUUCUUCUCAUCCAACUAUUAUUUUACAAAAUAGAAUAAAUCAAUUACAUUCAACAUCAUCGAAUAAUUUCAAUCCAUUAUGUGUAACAUUAAAUAACCAACAACAACCAUUGUAUAAUCUAUCAACUCCCCCGACUAAUUCAUCAUUAUCGAUGAUCAAUAGUAAACAACAAUCGAAUUCAAAUAAUUCAUCGUUAGGUUCAUCGAAAACAUCACGAUCUGCUGGUGGAUUUAGUAGCAGUGGUGGGAGUACUGGUUUAGCAAAUUUAUCAUCGCCACCACCACCACCUCUACCUCCUCCAUCAUCUUUGUCGACCAACAAUCCUAUUACUACCAUCACAACAACUACUACGAAUAAUAGUAAUAAUGAUAAUCAUCAUUCGAAUGUAACUUCUAUGCCAUUAAAACAAUACAAACAAUCACAGUUAUCAGGAAUGAAACAACAAUAUAUCGGUAUGAUGAUCAACAAUAAUCAAACGAAAUUUAAUUCAGAAGAAUAUACUGGUCAACAUAGUGAACCAGAAGUUGAUGCACAUUUAAACAUUGGAUCAAUGAUAAAUCGUCAAAUAAAUGAACAACAAAAUUUAGUGAAUAAAUUACAAACUGAUUCUAAUCAUCAUCAUCAUCACCAUCUUCAUCAUCAACAACCACAACAACAACAACAUUAUAAUCCAUUUUAUCUACCAUCAAAGUCAUCUGUAAAACAUUCAUAUACUCAAUCAUCAGAAUCACAAUCUCAAUUAAAUAACUUACUAUUACAUCAACAACAAGUCAAGUCAUCAAUUCAAAAUAAUAAUAAGCCUAAUUCUUUACAAUUAUUCACUUCACCUGAAAUAAUUCAUAGAGGUGUUAAUAAUAUGACAAACAACAGAUCUGUGUAUGACUCAAGUCUUCAAAUGAUGGAUAAUAAUAACAAUAAUACUCAUAAUAAUAUACAAGGUAACUUGGAGUUAUACUAUCAACAUCCAUAUGAAGAUGUUGCUACAGAUGAUUAUGCUGAAACUAAUAGUCAAUUAAAUUGUCCAUCUCUACAACAAAAUCAAUCUUUUAACCAAUCACUUUUAUCUCACUAUCCACAAAAACAGUUUCAAUCGUAUUUAUCACCAACUGAACCAUCACUACCACCAACAUUAACACCUACACAACAACAUAUAUAUCAUCAACAUGAUAGUUGUGGUCCAUUAUUAUUACCGCCAAUAUCUACUAGUUCUCUGUUGUACAAUAAUGAAGUGAACAAUCAAUUCGGUUAUUCAAGAACGGCAACAUUGGAUGAAGAUGAUAAAUUAAGUUUAGAUGAAGAUAGUGAAAUGAUGCACUUUGCAAAUUCACAAACGAAUAAUAAUAAUAAUUCAGUUGAUAUUACUAUGACGACAACAACAACGACUACUAUUACUACCACUGCUACUAAUAUUAGUAAUGGUAAUAAUACUAAUAAUACUCACUUGAGUAGUAUGUUUAAUCCAUAUACUGUUGCGUUUAUCAAUAAUAGUCCAUCAAAUUAUAUUCAAUCGAAUCCAUCACACCAUACUACUUUAUCGCACUUUAAUCCAUCAUAUUCUGUUUGGAAUACUAAUGAUUCAGUUCAUCAUCAUCAUCAUAUGAAUAAUAAUAAUAUUAACAACAAAUAUAGAAUAAAUGAUAAUCCGACAAUCAUUUGUCCUAGUAAUCAAAUGAAUAGUGCCAACGAUGGUGUUGUUGGUAUUACAGGUUCCAGUAGAAUUACACAUCCUCUAUUAAAUGAUGUUGAUGAUGUAGGCAGCGAUUUUAGUCUGUCUGCUUUUCGUCGUAACGAUGAUAUUUGUGGCCCUUCAUCGUUAUCAAAUCGAAUGCUCAAUAAUAACAAUGGUAAUAAUAAUGAUCUCAUUAUGAAUAAACUCUUACCAUCAUCACAAACCACACAAUUACAACAUAAUAAUUAUCAGAUAAUUCAACAACAAUCCACGGAACAUCAUAGUUCUAGUGAUAUUGCUGGCAUGAUGGAUGUUCGUAGUAAUGAUGGAACAUGUGAUGAAUCGGAUGCUAGUUCACUACCGGAACAAGGCUGUGAUUUAAUGCAUUUAGCUCAAUUACGUAUAUCAGCUAGACCGAAUCCAUUAUUAAACGAUUUAGCAAAACAACAGGUAAUGUUUUCUAAUGUGGAAAACCUGCUUUUUUCUUUGUUUCCGUUUAGUUUAAUCGAUUAAACACGUAUACAUAUUUAUUGCAAUUAUGGCAGGGGAUGUUACCUUAAACCAGCCGUGUAAUUUUGAAAAUUAUAUCGUGGAUCGACGCCAGUUAGAGAACCAUUAAAGAUCGUGAAACGUUGGAGAGCUAUUUCAUUUUAGUAUGGGGCUCCUCUGUAAUGUGUAUCCACGACCUCAUAUGGAAUCAAACUUUCGUGUCCCGUAGAAAGCACUGGGUUUGUAAACGAUUGGAUUCGCACUCAGUGGCAUAAGGGUCAAGUGCUCACCACUAAGCCGGGCGAUGGUCUUUGGUUCGAUCCCCGAUGGGAUCUCGUAUGAACAUUACCAUUUUUUAACUUAAUAAUAUUUAUUGUUAAGUGAUCAAAAGAAAAACUUGAGUCCUACGGAACAUCAAUCGCACCUUGAACAGCUCAGUAAUAACGUCCUAAACUGUGGAGCCAAUUGAUCCGAGUUUUCAUCCAUCAAAGAGCGUCAUUUAUAUCGAAUUUACAAUUACACAGGUUUUCCGAUCGACUACCUCUAACCAAGGUACACGUGAUAUCGAGUUACUUUGACUAUUAGUUACCAUAUCACAGGUUAACCGAAAGAAUCCAAUUAGUAUUAAGUUGUACUAAACAAUAAUGAUGUUUAUCACCUAAUGUUACCUAUCACUACCUCUUCCACUACGGGAUUUGAAUCGAUAACUGAAUCUCUGUGCUAAUGUGGUAUGGUAACUCGAACUGAUGUACGUACGUACGAAGUUCCACGUUGUUACUGACUGACUUUAUCACCUACUACUUAGUAAUCAAUUAAUUGUAAUGAGUAUUCACUCUUUUAUUCGUUUUAUUUUAAAACAGGUACAAAGAAACAACAAGUAGACAGUAAUACUCUCUAUCUGUCUGUCUGUCUCUCUCUCUACGUGUGUAUCUAUGAUUUUUUAGCAUAAUUCGUUUGACAAUAAUAAUAAUAAUGCAACGAGAUAGCGACUACCACUACUACCAACAUCAAUGAUCUUUUCGGAAUUUAAUCUAGAAGCUGAAUAAAAGUGAAUACUCUUUUUACUUCCAUACACCAACUUGUGCAUUAUACACAUGAUCUCUCUCUCUCUCUGUCUUUAGGAGGUAAUAAAAUGGUACUCUUUUUUUUUUCUAAACAAUAAAUCAAUAGACAUGUUUUGUCUUUUUGUUUUUCUAUGUGUGAUGUUGUUGUCUGUGACUGAAUUUGAAUCUUCUUCUCUUUUUUUUGCCUUAUAAUAUAACAUUGUAACUAUGGUUGUUUAUAUCUAUCCAUAUAAGAAAUACAGAUUUAUUAUAGGGAUUAUUCAUUUCUAUAUUUAUAAUGAGUUUCUAUGUGUAUUUCGAUAGUUGGUUUCUCGUUUGUUUGUUUGUUUGUUUUUUUUGUACAGUUUUUUUAUACGUAAUUUCCUUUCUUUUUUUUAUACAUGAAAAAUGUUUCUUUUAACCAAUUUAUAUACUUUCAUUUAUAUAUAUCUGUAUACAUAUAAUCUAUGAACUUAUUGUUAACUGAUGAUAGGCUAUAAUUCUCUCCAUUAGCCUUAAUUAUUAGUUUCUAUAUUGAAUGAAGAUUCAUUUCUUUUCUUUAUAUCUAGUCUUCUUCUUCUUCUUCGGUUUUUCUCGUUUCAUUGGGGGUUUCUUUUUGUUACUCACUUCUUUGAAAUAAGAAAGUGAAUUGGUUAAAUUGACCAUUGAAUAAUCAUAACAACAUAAACGGUUUAUGUGUGUGUGUGUGUGUGUAUGUACGCACAUACGUACGCUCACUCACUCACUCACUUCUUCGUUCCUUUCAAACAUAAAACAGACACUGAAAUCGAAGGAGAAAAGAGAAAAAAUAAACUAACUACAAAUAGCAAUACUGUUUUUUUUUAUUAUUAUUAUUAUUUCAAUUAUCCAGUUGGGGGGUGGUUGUUUUUCUUCUUCUUAGACAAAACAAUUCAACAUUAAUAUUCUCUUUUAUUGAAACUUUUUGAACUUGUUCAAUUUUUUUUUUAACUAUUAGAAUAAUUCAUAAAAAGAGAAUUUGUAUUUUAUUUAAUUCAUAAAUUAUGAAAUCCAUGAGCGGGGAGGGGAGUAAGGAUGUCCCCCCUUUUUUUUACUUUAGGACAACACUAUCAAUUUUAUUAUAAAACAAAGAAUUAUUAUCGAUUGAUUAUUGUUGCUAUGUCAAUGAAUUGUUUCUAUGUAAAUGAAUGAAUGCAUUUCAAUUGUGCAUUUGAUCAAUGUUAUAUUCUUUAUUAUUAUUAUUAUUAUUUUAAUUCUUAGCCUUGAUAUUUGUUUUUAUGAAUCAUUUUAUUGUUUGUAUUAUACAUGAUUGUUUUGUCAAUUUUUUUGAAAUUUUAAUAAUUUAGGAAAAGUUUUAUUGUUCAUUUAAAUGAAAAUGAAAAGAGGGUUUUUCUUUAUGUAAACACCUUUCUAUACAAUUUCUCUUUAUAUAUAUUUACAUACAAUAAAUGAAUAUACUAUUUGAUGAUAAUUGAGAGAAUUAUAUUCAGUUUUUUGUUAUUGCAUGUCGUAUACUCUAUGGUGUAAAACCAUCUACAAAUCAAUAAAGGUAUAAAUUCACUGAUGUAUAAACAAAAAUAGGUAGUGGCUAAUAGUAGA